AUGAAAGAUGAAUCUAAUCAAGAUAAUGCUGAUGACUUAAAUAGUGGUAGACUCAACCAACUUCAUCUGAAAAUGAUACAGAGCAAGAGGAACAAUCAUGAACCAAAAGAAAAAGCACCAAAUGCCAAAGAAAAUGAAAAUGAAAAUCAAGAUCAUGAAUUCAUUAAAGAUGAUGAAAAACUUUAUAAAGAUUAA